AUGUAUCCAGAAACUUCUGGAGCCAUGACCCGUUCCUUUUCGUUAGCCCCUGGUGGUUGGGUGGGGACGAAACCUGGCAGAGCUGGUGAGACAAAAGAGCAAGACUCUGCGUCCGAAAGAAAGCGUCGCGCUGAGUGCAGCGCGAUGGGUGAGUCUUCUCUGCCUAUUGCCUCGACAUCUUCCUCCCAUCAUACUACUUCUAUCUCUACACAUCAGGCUUACCAGAUACUAGAAGUCAAAAGCCUCAUGGGCCAUGUUCAACAACUUAGCAUCCAGCAAGACCAUGCACUGUCUCUUGGAGAGAUCGUCACACAAUCCAUCAACAAGUGGGCAAUUAAUGGACGAGAUGUCUUCGGAAUCAAGCAUGAAACAAACAUCAUCAACGGACUUGGCUCCUUGAAGCAAGGAGGACGCGAGUUCAAGACCAUGUUUGGACCUCAAGAGAAUUCAAUAAAGACUCGAGGAUCUUCAUUUGGAUCCGAUCUCUCGACUCUCCUUAACUCCAGCUCGGAGGAUACCCCAGAACGCAAGCACCGUCAACUGUCACAGAGCGAGUUAGUUUCGACUGAAUAUUCCCAAUACGGAGCCCACCAGCAAGUCCAGGGACGAAAUAACGCAGUGAAUAUCUGGUAUAAUCCGUAUAUUUAUCCGUACGGUCCGGCAAUUGACAACAACUCUGCCAGUCACAACGACAAUGUGCCAUACUUUAUGGGACAAAACACGGCCAAACUUAUGGCUCCUAUACCUAUGAUAGGCCACGCAAACGUUGUCAAAGCUCUCGAAGAUCAGGUUGUUGUCGCUCAAGCCACAUUCUCCUACACGUUCCAUAAUCAAGUCACCCAUGGAGGCAAUGCAUUUGUCAAUAAUAACAUAGUGCCAUAUCAGCACCCAAAUCUCGCUUUAUCAAGACCAGUAUCAAUUCAUGAUUCUUUCAAGCCAUCCCGAGCCCUCACGAACGCACCUCGUGCCGUGUCACCAAACCUUAUCCAAAGAGCUCAACAGAUUGGGGUUAGGCUUAAUGCAAAUUAUAAGGGAGACAUCACAGAAGACCUAAUCACCAAUUCCUUGGCCGCCAAGGAUGACAAUUGUGCACUACACAUCAUCAACAUCCCUGCUGGUGCAACUCUUUCAGAGCUUCUCAGUGUCAUAUCCGAGGGAAAGAUAUUCAGCUCUUCCAUGAUCGCCCCAAUUCCAGGACAGUGGAAAGGCUGCGCAGCCAAAGUAGUCUUUACGACACGAGCUGCAGCCCAAGAAUUCAAAGACAGAGGCAAGAAGGUUGGCAUCUGGAUUCGAGGGGAGCGAGUGAAUGUCUUUUGGAACCGCAACAUCACACGUCCACAGCUCUACAGCGAUAAGCACCAGUCUAGAGUGAUUCAGAUCAGAGGCCCCCAAGAUCAGCUUUCGGUUGCUCAAAUGCAUGCAUUCUUUGCAGAGAAGAUCAAAUUCGAACUUCUAGAUCAAAAGGAAUGGCUAGUCCUGGGUGGUAUGAAGGUUGUAGAGCUCACCUUUCCAUCUAUCUUUGGUCAGAGCAGAGCAGCCGUCGCCCAGUUCAUGAAGACAGUCAAGGGAACGCCCUUUGAAGAUAUUUUUCUGAUUCAGUAUGGCAAAGACCCUUGCGAUCCUGCCUCUCGAAUGGUUGAAUGGUGGGAGGGCCGUCGCUUCUAG